AACGUGCCAGUAGCAGGCAUGGCGUCCGGACUGUCUGAUGACGUCAAAUCAGCGCUGUCGCCGGGAUGACGAUGUCUGAUCAUAGCAAGCGGGGAAUACAGAUGUUUUGCUGUCAUGGAGAGCGAGGCGGGUGAAUAUAAAUCGGAUGUUCCAGCAAGGGAAUGUGUUUAAGAUACCUGCUGUCUGGAUCCCAGCAAUCGGAAUCUCGACACCCGUUAGAAUGGCGUCGCCGACAUCCCGUUCUUGUUAAACGACAUUUAAGAAAGCAGUUCAGGAAAACCCCACCGACUAGACAACCCAUCUAUGAUUGGAACAUGAAAUUAGAAACAACUGGAUGUUUGUGUAAAGUUUGUGACAGGUAAUUGCAGUAAGGGCUAAUCGGAGAAGAUGUCAGCCUGUCUUACAGAGGAGCAGAAGAGAAAGAUUGAAGAGAAUAGACAGAAAGCAUUAGCUAGGAGAGCAGAGAGACUUGCUGCCGAGAAGAAUGGAAUUAAGCAGAAUGCGUCUGUCUUUUCUGACACUCAGUCUUCAAAUGUACAGCGGCUGGGGAAGAAUCUGCUGCAGGACAGGCAGCAAGGUUUCAGUAAACCAUUAACAAGUAAAGAAGUUGGACAUAGCAGUAGUUUUAAAGACACCUCUCCAAGACCUGAAAAUGUUGGUGUGAACUCAUCUGGUAGAACAUUCCAAACAAAUAGCAAUGUGGUAACGGCACAGGCCCACUCUCUGGGUGCCAAUAACCAUCUUGUCAGUAAUAUGACUACAGAUGUACAAACGGCUCUUAUACCAGCCAGUAACUCAUCCCAGUUUUCUGAAGUGCAUUCUGGUUCUGGAAAAGUUAUAGCCGGCAUUGGACAUGUAAAGAAUGCAACAAACGUUUCUCAGUUUUAUGGUACGGCAACCAAUGCCAAGCCCCUUGUGCCUACUGAUAACAAGGCAGUGACGGAAGGGAGAGAGAAGGUGGGUAGUGGUAGUGCCUUAGAUGCAGCUCUCCCUAAAAGAAUUGCAUCUGCAACAAAAGGGAAGUGUGCCAAACACACAGAGGGGCGAUUCCGGGUUGAAGUAGGAUACAAUGCAAAAAUCAUCUCCUUGUUCAAAACUAUUCCCAGCAAAAACUAUGAUCCCACGACCAAAAUGUGGAGUUUCAGCCUGGAAGAUUAUACAAGUCUAAUGAGUGAAGUUCAGCGGCUGCAGAAUGUCCUUAUUAAACCCUUAGAGGGGAUGGAAGAUGUGACGAUCCUCUCACCACCUCCAUCUUCAAGUGGGGGUGCCAGCAAUAAUACCCUGCUUGCCAUGUGUAAUAACUGGCAGCGACCAAAUGCCACUCUAAGGGGCAGGACUUUGCUGAUCUCUCGCUCUCGAUUUGAAGUGGAGGUGGGCUAUCAUGCGGAGAUCAUUGGGUUUUUUAAACAGAUGAGCUCUCGGAAUUACGACACGAAGACCAGGAAAUGGAGCUUUUUGCUGGAGGAUUACCAAAAACUGAUGGAAGCACUACGUGGCAUACAGCAAGUUGAGGUAGAACCUCUCCCCAAACCUAUCAUACAAGCAUUUGCAUCCCAGUUUGAGAAAUCCUCUGUAAGUCGCAGUGAAAUCCCAGAAGUUGACUUAUCUGUGGUGGAUUCUAAGCUAGUCAACAGCCUGAUGCCGUUUCAGAGGGAGGGGGUAAGCUUUGCUAUAUCUCGGGAUGGUCGGCUUCUCCUGGCUGAUGACAUGGGCUUAGGGAAGACUAUCCAAGCCAUCUGCAUUGCUGCCUAUUACAGGACAGAGUGGCCACUGCUUGUGGUGUCCCCAUCAUCUGUCAGGUUUACCUGGGCAGAGGCUUUCCAUAGGUGGCUGCCUUCUGUGAAGCCGGAUAGUGUCAACGUCAUAGUUACAGGACGCGACAGCCAGUCCUCCAGCCUCAUUAAUAUUGUCAGCUUUGACCUGCUUGGGAAGAUGGACAAACAAACUACAACAAAUUUUAAAAUCAUUAUUAUAGAUGAAUCCCAUUUUCUGAAGAAUGUGAAGACUGUUCGAUGUAAAUCUGCGAUGCCUCUGCUCAAGAAUGCAAAGAGAGUCAUUUUACUGUCUGGCACUCCAGCCAUGUCAAGGCCAGCGGAGCUGUACACACAAAUUGCCGCUGUUAGACCCACAUUCUUCCCUCGCUUCCAUGACUUUGGAAGCCGCUACUGUGAUGCCAAACAAAUGCCUUGGGGGUGGGAUUACUCUGGAUCCUCUAACCUGAGUGAGCUCAAACUGCUGCUGGAGGAGUCCAUAAUGAUUAGAAGACUGAAAUCCGAUGUUCUGUCCCAGCUGCCGGCCAAACAGCGCAAAAUGGUCGUCAUCGCCGCUGAAGGCAUCAGCAUGAAGACCAAGGCUGCGCUUGCAGCGGCUGCUAAGGAAAUGGCACAAGGCUUCAAGAGUAAAGUUCAAGAGAAAGAAGCUCUUCUCCUUUUCUACAACAGAACAGCAGAGGCCAAGAUCCAGUGUGUCACAGAGUACAUUAUGGAUCUGCUGGAGAGUGGGCGAGAGAAAUUCCUGGUGUUUGCCCAUCACAAGCUGGUCCUGGACAGUGUUUGUGAAGAGCUGGGAAAAAAGAGUGUGGGGUUUAUUCGUAUUGACGGCAGCACUUCAUCAGCCGACCGCCAGUCUCUGUGCCAGAAAUUCCAGUUCUCGGAUAAGGUUUCUGUUGCUGUGUUGUCCAUCACAGCUGCUAACAUGGGUCUGACUCUGUCCUCUGCAGACUUGGUGGUAUUUGCCGAGUUGUUUUGGAAUCCUGGGGUCCUGAUUCAAGCAGAAGAUCGGGUCCACAGGAUAGGCCAAACGAGUUCUGUGAAUAUUCAUUACCUUGUAGCUAAAGGGACCGCAGAUGACUACUUGUGGCCAAUGAUUCAGGAAAAAAUGAAAGUUCUUGGCCAGGCCGGACUGUCUGAGACUAAUUUUUCAGAAACAACAGAAUCUACUGACUUUUUUUGUAAGGACCCAAAACAGAAAACCAUUUAUGACCUAUUCCAGAGGUCGUUCUCCCAGGAAAAUGCUGGGGAUGAUAUGGAUGAAGCUCUGUUACUGGAGGCCUGUGAGGAAGUUGACCUAGAAAUCCCAGCAGAGAGCCCGUGCAAGAAGAGGAAGAUUGAAGAUUACUUUUAAAAAAUGUCUGCAAAAUAAGAAAGUUUAUUGUUUGAUUGGAGAAAGAAAACCUUUAUUGUAUAGACCAUUUUUGUAUUAUGUUAAUUAUAUGCCAUAAUUAAAGAUAAACAGUAGUAUGAUUUCUCUCUUCUUCACCUGAACUGGGACUGUGUCACAGGGAGGCAGAACACUGUAAUCUGAAGCAUAUGGUAGUAGAAAAAAUAUAUAUAAUUUUUUGCAGCAAGUAAUUUUUAUUACUCCAUACAAUUUUUCCAAACUUCCACAAGUAUACAGGAAAAAUGGGUAAAAAUAUCAUACUAUGCUGUUUAUUUCUUUUAAACAUAUUUAUAUUAAAGCAUGUACAAACAAA